AUGUCUGCUGAACAGCAAUCCCGACCGCGCAAGUCGCUCAUCCUCAAUGCCUUCGUUGAGAUGUGCAGCGGCCACCAAUCCCCCGGCCUCUGGACGCACCCCGACGACGAAUCCCACCGCUUCAACGACAUCGAGCACUGGAUCGAGCUAGCCCAACUCCUCGAAGGCGCAAAAUUCCACGGGAUCUUCAUCGCCGACGUGCUGGGCGGGUACGACGUGUACAAGGGGCCUCGGAAUCUUGCGCCCGCGAUAUCCUCUGGCGCGCAGUGGCCCGUGAAUGAGCCGUUGGCUGUGGUGCCGGCUAUGGCGGCGGCGACGAAGAGCAUUGGGUUUGGGGUUACGGUUGCGGCGACGUAUGAGCAGCCGUAUCAUCUUGCGAGGCGGUUGAGUACGGUUGAUCAUUUGACGAAGGGGCGGAUUGGGUGGAACGUCGUCACCGGGUAUCUCGACUCCGCAGCACGGAACCUCCUAGGCACCGAGCAGCCGCAGCACGACGACCGCUACGCCCUCGCAGAAGAAUACCUAAAAGUCACCUACAAGCUCUGGGAAUCCUCCUGGCGGUCCGACGCCGUAGUCCUCGACAAACAGCGCAGAAUCUACACCGACCCAAAGCGCGUCCGCGAAAUCAACCACGUGGGCAAGUACUUCACCGUCCCGGGCCCACACCUCAGCCAACCGUCUCCCCAACGCACGCCCGUGAUCCUCCAAGCCGGGACCUCAAAAGCAGGCAAGACGUUCGCAGCACAGCACGCAGAAGCCAUCUUCGUCGCGGGGCACAGUCCCGCCGUCGUAGCGUCCAACGUCGCGGAGAUCCGACGCCUCGCGGGGGAGUACGGGCGGGACGGGCGCAGCAUCAAGUUCCUCGCGCUGCUUUGUCCCGUCCUCGGACGCACGGAGGCCGAAGCGCGCGAGAAAUUCGAGCACUACCGCAGUCUUGGCUCGAUUGAGGGCGCGCUGGCCCUGUUCGGCGGGUGGACGGGGAUAGACCUGGACGUGUACGGCGACGACGAGGAGUUAAGGGCCGUCCCGAGCAACGCCAUUCGCUCGGCGGUGGAGGGCUGGUCGAAGGCUACGCCUGAGGUGCCGAGGUGGACGAAGGAGACGGUUGGGCGGCAUAUCACGGUUGGCGGGCUGGGGGCUACGCCUGUGGGCACGGCGGCGCAGGUUGCGGAUGAGAUGGAGAGGUGGGUUGGGGAGGCGGAUGUGGAUGGGUUUAACUUGGCAUACGCGAUCAAGCCGGGCUCCUUCCAAGACAUCAUCGACCUGCUGCUGCCUGAGCUGCGAAGGCGCGGGCUCUUCCACGAGGACUAUGCGGUGCCGAGGGGCACGUACCGCGAGAACCUGUAUGGGAGGGCUGGGCAGAGCGGGCCGCCUGCUGAUCAUCCGGCGGCGAAGUACCGGUGGCAUGCUGGGGUGGAGGAGCAUGAGAUUCCGGAGUAG